AUGGUCGGAAUUAUUUUCGGUUUAGUAACAACUAUCAGCGGAAUUGUCGGUGUGUUUAUAGGAAAUUUAAUUGCCCAAGCUUUACUUUUUGGAUGGUGUGGCAAGACAUUCAAAACUAGACGUGCUCAUUCAAUUGCUGCCGGAAUCGGAUCUCUGAUAUCAAUUCCUUGCCUAUUCAUCGUUUUUAUUUUUGGCUAUACAAGCGAAAUGUUAAUAUGGAUUCUCUGUGCUAUUGCAAUUACUGGUCUUUGUUUUAACUGGAGUUUGAAUGUUGAAGUUUUGAACUUUGUUGUCGCCCCAGAACGACGAAGUACUGCAUUUUCCUACUUAACUUCAUCUUCUCAUUUGUUUGGCGAUGCUUCAGGACCAUAUAUUAUCGGAGCUAUUUCUGACGCAAUUCAAGCGAAGCAUCCAAAUAUACCUGAAUGGAAUUACAAAUCGCUAGCCUAUGCGUCACUAUUAUCGCCAUGUUUAAUGAUUGUGUCAACAGUUUUGUAUUUCUGUGCCGCCGUAAUGUUCCUUCGAGAUGCUAACAAAUUGGACCUUGAAUUGAAACAGCAGGAAGAAAAUGAUAAAAUUGACGGUCAGAUUGCGGGACAUUGGGAUGAUGUCGGAGACGACCAACUGUCAACAAAAAUUUGA